AUGGAUCUCCCAACAACCAGUCCGCUCUAUAACGCUGCUAUCGCCGCUGCCAAGUUCGCAGAUCAGCGCUUAGAAGCCCGGACACCGACUGACUACAACGGUAGUCUUCAGCGAUUCGCAAAGUUCUGCCAAAGCCAAGGUUAUCCAGACCUGCUGAAGCAUCGGUUUGUGGAGCUACCAGGCGUUAUAGCAGCCUACAUCAACGAGCUCGCGACUGCAAACACAAGCCAAUGGCCCGCCGAGAAGCUUCGCGCAGCGCUCUGUUGGCACUACACCAAGCCGGAAAUGCUUGCGGGUGGUCAUUCCCACGAUCGCUGGGUAAUUGAUACAGCUCAGGACGGAGCACUUGUUCCCCGCGGAAACCCAGCUCGAUCAGCCGCCAUCACCCAAAUCCUAGCUAGGCUCAGCAAGUCUAAGAAGCGUGAAAGGACACCCAAGCGUGCGUCUCCGAUGUCGCUGACAAUGCUCACGAAGAUGAUGGCCUUUCUGGAGUCCAACUCAAUGUUGAACGAGACUAUGAGGAUUUGGUUCUCAGCGGUCUGCUCGCUCAGCUUCUAUGGAAUGUGUCGUAUCAACGAAGUUCUGCUCAUGAAGAAAGGCGGCAUCCAGCUCGGACUGCAACGUAAAUCCCGUGCAAACGGCACAGAGAUCUGCUUCGGCUGCUUCACCAUUCGUGACCGAAAGACAGACCACGACCCACUCGCCAGUCGGACGUAUUCGCUGCACCAUCUGCCGAAAGAGGAACGAGCUGCCGAGGCGUUGACGAACCUGGAGAGGUGGUUCGCAUACGCGCGGACAAAACUACACCAUUCAUGGCGCGAUAGUGACUAUGCUUUCCCAUCGCUGACGAAGAUCCCACGUGGCUGCAGUAAAAAACUAAAGCCCGGUGCGACCGCUUCUACCAAGACUACCUCCUUUGCAAACGUCGGUGUAAAAUGGGGAUCGCCGAUGUCCGACACCAAUUUCACGCAGGUGCUGAACAUCGUUGCUGAGGCGGCUGGGAUCAGCCGGAAUUUGCUCGGCGACGAGAUCUGGUUCACAUCGCACUGUUUCCGGCGCGGGGGUGCCCAGUACAGGUUCAUGUUUGCACCAGAGAAGCGCCGAUGGUCGUUGAAGUUUGUAAAGUGGUGGGCGGGCUGGGCGCCUAGUGAGAAAUCUGAGACAGUUACGAGGUAUCUUUUGGACGAUGUCCUCGAUCGCGACGAAAACCAACUUGGUGACUCGUUGGCGCCCGUGUGGUGUAGGAAACACCAGAUUUCGCGCGACCAACUCGGCUGGAGUGGUACACUGUACCGGUAG